AUGACCGUCGUCAUGGAGUCACCGCGUUCCGCUCGAGGUUUAUCGUACGCUAUGUUGGAAUCGCACUCGCUCGAAACGCGUGGCAAACUGGAACCGUCAUACCAACACUUAAACAACCCGUGCAUACUCAGCUGGAACAACCUCAGUUAUGCCGUGGCCACCCCCAAGCCGACCGGCAUCAAAACCAUCUUGGACAAUGUCAGUGGCCGAUGCGCACCCGGAGAACUCACGGCCAUCAUGGGCCCGUCCGGAUCAGGCAAAACUACACUGGUGGACUUACUGGCCGACCGUAUUAGCUCCGGAGAAGUAACAGGCGACAUCGAGCUCAACGGCGAGGCCCGCGUGGCCAAGACGUUCCGGGCAGUGACCAGCUACGUGGCCCAGGAGGACUCGCUGCUCGGCUCCUUCACCGUGCUGGAAACCAUGCGCAUGGCCGCCAAGCUCAGUCUUCCGAACAGCGUCACGUCCAAGCAGAUCGAGGCACGCGUGGACGACGUGGGUGAGGCCAUGGGUCUGGCCACGUGCCGUCACACCCUGGUAGGCGACAUCUUCCGAAAGGGUCUUUCGGGCGGCCAGAAGCGCCGCCUCAGUAUUGCCAUCGAGUUGCUGUCGAACCCGAGCCUCUUGAUCCUGGACGAGCCCACAAGUGGCCUGGAUUCGAGUGCCACGCACAACGUCAUGAAGUUCAUCGUGAAGCUGUGUGCCGAGGGCAAAACCAUUGUAUGUACGAUCCACCAGCCAUCAUCGCUGGUGUACGACAUGUUUACGAACGUGGUGGUGCUGUCGGCUGGCCAGACUGUGUACUGCGGUCCUCGUCGUCUGAUGAUCCCGCACUUUGCGUCGGCCGGUCACGACUGCCCCACGUACAUGAACCCGGCCGAGUACUUUAUCAGUCUAGUGAACACGGACUUCGAGGACCACGCGAAUGUGUCCAAACUGAUGCAGUCUUACGCUCAGAGUGAGAUCCGCAAGGAGCUGAGCGACCGCAUCGAAAGUGACCGCAACACGUUACAGCAUCUGCCGGACAUCGAGCAGCCGUCGCCGUCCGCGAUGCGUCAGUUCAGCGUUCUCAUGUACCGCAACACGCUCAACAAUAUCCGCAACCCCGGAAUCUACUGGAUCCGGUUGUUCAUGUACUUCUGCUUGAGUUUCAUGGUCGGCACCAUGUACUUGAGCACGAACGACGACUUGACCGAGGAGGAUCUGGUGCCACUGCUGUUCUACGUCCAGGCGUUCCUGGUGUUCAUGUCUGUGGCCGUCCUACCGUUCUUCAUCGAACAGCGUGCAGUGUUCGCUCGUGAGCGUGCCAACAGCUCGUUGAGUGUGGGUUUCAUGGUUCCUCGUGACUCAAUCCCGGACUACUGGAUCUGGGGCUACUACCUGGCGUUCCACUCGUACUCGUUCGAGUCGUUCGUGUUCAAGCAGUUCGAGAACGAGACGUCGGACGCGGCAAAGGGAAUUCUGACGAAAUACGGCAUGGAGGAUGUGGACGUCUCGCGAGAUAUGAUUAUUUUGAUCGUAUAUAUCGUGGGAUUCCAGGCCAUUUUCGCGGUAAUAUUGUGGAAAUUCCACACUGGUCGUCGUGGUGUCGGCGGAUCGGCCGGUGUGGGAGGAGCGGCAAGUACUGGUGCGGGUGGAGCUACGACAACGACGGACGGCAGAACUAGCACAUCUACGUCGCAGAACGGCGGGGCCAAGGCAACUGCAACUACCACGACUGCAGGCACGACCACCGGCACCGCCGGCACGGGUGCUUCGACGAAGCAGACAGGUUAUCGCAUGCUGCGGUCGCAGUGA